UCCGAGACCAGGACCAGGACCAGAACAAGAGCGGAAUGGAGGAGGAGCAGCAGAAGCCGGAGCAGCGGAGCAACAAGGUCCCCAGAAGAGCAGCAGCAGGCUCGGCCUCUGAUAGCAGCGGUGUUCAGAAACGGAGAGGAAGAGGGGGUCUCGGACAUCAGAGCUGUCAGCACUGUGGCAAGUCCUUCACAACAUCUGGAAAUUUAAAGAUUCAUCAGAGAGUUCACACUGAAGAGAGACCAUACAGCUGUGAACAAUGCGGGGCAGCUUUCAAACAGUUAGGUGCGCUCAAAACUCAUCAACUCAUUCACACUGGAGAUAAACCGCACAGCUGUGAACAAUGCGGGACAGCAUUCACAACGUUGAGUAACCUUAAAGUCCACCGACGUGUUCACACUAGAGAGAAGCCGUUCUCGUGUGAACAAUGUGAAAAAGGUUUUUCUCAGAGUAGUAACCUUAAAACCCAUCAACGCAUUCACAUUGGAGAUAAACCGUACAGUUGUGACCAAUGCGGGGCAGCUUUCACCCUUCAAAGUUACCUAACAUUUCACCAACGUAUUCACACUGGAGAGAAGCCGUUCUGGUGUGAACAAUGUGGGAAAACUUUUUCUCAGAGUAGUAGCCUUAAAGUCCACCAGCGCAUUCACACUGGAGAUAAACCGUACAGCUGUGAACAAUGCGGGGCAGCUUUCACAACGUUGGGUAGUCUUAAAGACCACCAACGCAUUCACACUGGAGAUAAACCGUACAGCUGUGAACAAUGCGGGGCAGCUUUCACAACGUUGGGUAGUCUUAAAGACCACCAACGCAUUCACACUGGAGAGAAGCCGUUCUGGUGUGAACAAUGUGGGAAAACCUUUUCUCAGAGUAGUCACCUUAAAAGACACCAACUCAUUCACACUGGAGAGAAGCCAUUCUGGUGUGAGCAAUGUGGGAAAACCUUUUCUCUGGGGGCUAAACUUAAAACCCACCAACUCAUUCACACUGGCUCCUCUUGAACAUGUUCUAAAGCCAAGCUGUUGUUAGAGAGGAGAGAGGGAACAAAUAGCUGUUUACUACCCAGAUAACAAAAGAGAGCAGUCCCGAGCCCAAAGUAGCCGAGGUCCAGGACCACUUGCAGGCACUAACCUGCUUGAUAGAUAUGGAAGAAGAACAAAGUGGGGAAUUUGUCAGAGCACAUAAUAUUGGGUCAAAAAGAGCAUGUAAAGAUGACAAGUGAAAAUCAGUGCAGUGAAAACUACGAUGAGUGUAACAUAAGUUGUUUUCCAAGGAUCAGAUGAUGAGAUAUUCAUGGUUGAAGCUUGUAGAAGAAAAUGAUUUACCAGUUUUAGUCUCAUUUUAUCCUAAUAUCCUCUUUCUGAUCACUGAUUAAGUUGAUCAUAUUUUAUCUGAUUUAUUAAAACAUUUUUAUCUUGUGUUCUGUAACUGAAUGUUAUUAACAAUAUACACCAAGAGAUGGAAUUGUUUUUGGAUAUAUGACUUAUCAUUUAUAUUUUACUUUAUUACUUCAUGUAUUCAUGUGUUUUGUUGAAGAAUAUUGUGAGUUGUGUUUAUAGGUUUUAUUUUGUCCUCUUAUUUUGUUGAAGCUGGUCAUGUUGUUCAUAUGUGUGUGAUCACUUGAAGAGUAGUAAUGUAGACUCACUGUAAUCUGAACACUUGAUAUUACCCCACAAACUAUGAAUAAAUACUUUU